AUGGCGGAAGACCUUGGAAAAUACAGCUACGAGGAGAUCUCAAAUAAAGUCUUACAAGUUGACCGAAGACUAUUUGACGAUGGUUCAAAUAAUGCACGAUUUGAAGAUACCAACCCUCAUUCGUUAAAAGGCGUUAUAUCUUCCAAAGACUUUGGUUCCAAUAUCAAAACAAACAGAGCUGAGGAUGACAAGGGGAAGGAAGAACUGAAGAACGAAAUUCAAACUACCUUAGCGGCCUUUGAAGUGUCUGACAGGAAAAACUUGAAACAGAAGUCGAAGACUUCUUCAACUGCCAGAAGUUUGGAAUCCUUGUUAGACGCUGGAUCAAUUGAGGCGUUGAACUAUACCCCUACCACUGAAUCGACGAUGCACACUUACGAUGAAAUCAUAGCCUGGUCAAACGAAAAACUAGAUAGUGAUUUACCUGAUGAUGUCAUUAUUUCUUUCACCGAUAUUAUAAUUGAAAUUUUGAAGAAUGAAAAUUCAAACUCAUUGGAGAAGAAGAAGCAGCUAGAAACGGCGUUGAAACAGAAAAUUGAUGAUGAUGAUUUCCGAUUGGUAUACUCUUUGUGUGGCAAGUUGAUCGACUAUAAACAGGUUCUUGAUGUCCCUGAUAAAGACAAUGAUGAGUUAGACAUACAGUUAGAUUCAGAUGAUGAGAAUGCCGAGGAUGGUAUCGAGGUUACUGACUCAGAAAACGAUGAUGAUGGUUCUAUUAGCAGUGAUGUUAAUGAUGAACAAAGAGAUGAUUCAAUUUUUAUAAACCAGGAAACUGAAAAUCCAGAUGAUAUUGUAAGACUCUCACUCAAUGAUGAUCAGAUUCCUGCUUUGUCAAUAGAUGAGGUGGACAAAUACUGGAUCACUAAACAGUUAGCCAAAUACCAAGCCCAGAUUGAUAAUUAUAAACACGCUGAGAUUUCAAAGUCCAUUUAUAGAAUAUUAGAACAACUUGUGGAGAAACGAGAAAACUUGAAGUCAUUUAUGCAUAGACUUUUAGAAAUACCAGAUUUUGAAAUUAAUGACCUUUACUAUCUACUCGUUAAAAACUACAAGGUAAUAUAUUAUGGGAUAAAACUGGCAAGCACGGAGGAUAAAGCUGAAAGGGACAACAUUAGAGCACUCUGUAGCGACUUAAACUUCAAUAAACGGACAUUAUCUACUGUUGAGGCUGAUGAUCAAGUCUUGAAUCGUGAAAAGAGACAGAAAACUCUAACAGAAGGUAAAAUUGCCUCCAAUUACGACAAUAAAUAUCCUAGAAAUUUGAAUCUCAAAAACUUGGUAUUCACACAAGGAUCUAAAUUAAUGACUGUUUCUAAAUUCAAAUUACCAGAAGGCUCCUUCAAAAGAACAAAGCCAAGCUGGGAAGAAAUAAACAUUCCACCGCCUGUAAAAUCUCAAAUGGGAGAAGACGAAGUGCUGGUUGAAAUUUCAGAGUUACCUGAAUGGAUCCAACCUGUUUUCCCAUCGACUGAAAUUUCAACUUUGAAUAGGAUACAAUCUAAAGUUUUCCCUGUGGCAUUUAACAGUGACGAUAAUCUACUAAUGUGCGCACCUACUGGUGCUGGUAAGACUAACGUGGCUAUGCUAACUGUAUUGAGGACACUAUCAAAUUACAGAACUACAGGUGGCAAGUUCCAGUUGAGUCGCUUUAAGAUUGUAUAUAUCGCACCAUUGAAGGCAUUAGUACAGGAACAGGUACGAGAAUUUGAUAGAAGAUUAUCCAAAUAUGGUAUCACUGUGAAUGAAUUGACUGGUGAUUCAAAUCUAACAAAACAUCAGAUUGAGUCUACACAGAUUUUGGUCACAACACCUGAAAAAUGGGACGUUAUUACUAGAAAAAAUAAUGAUGCGUCGUACAUAAACCUUGUUAAGUUGGUAAUCAUAGAUGAAAUUCAUUUGCUACAUGAUGAGAGAGGACCGGUAUUGGAGAGUAUUGUUGCAAGAACAAUGAAGAAUAUUGAUGAAAGUCGUGAGAAUAGUGUUAGGUUUGUUGGUUUAUCUGCCACUUUACCCAACUAUAAAGAUGUCGCACAAUUUCUGAGAGUUGAACCAAGUGGGUUGUUUUAUUUUGAUGCCUCUUAUAGGCCUUGUCCAUUGGCGCAGCAAUUUAUUGGGAUUACCGAAAAAAAGGCAUUCAAAAAAUAUGAAGCUAUGAACGAAAUCUGCUAUGAAAAAAUAGUAGAGAAUAUAAGUGAGGGCAAUCAAGUUAUUAUUUUUGUUCAUUCAAGAAAGGAAACAAUCAAAACUGCCAAAUGGUUGGUUAAUAGAUUAGUGGAAGAAGAUAAAUUAUCUACUCUAUUCAAGUUCUCCAGAGGUGUUAGAGAAAUUUUGAGAAGUGAAGCGGAAAAUGCGAGAAAUAAAGGCCUGAAGGAAGUUUUACUUAGUGGUUUUGGUAUUCAUCAUGCAGGUAUGAAUAGAGAUGAUAGACAGACUGCAGAAGACUUGUUUGCAGAAGGUCACAUUAAAGUGUUGGUGUCUACUGCCACUUUAGCUUGGGGAGUGAACUUGCCUGCUCACACUGUAGUCAUAAAAGGUACCAGCGUAUAUUCUCCCGAAAAAGGUACUUGGGUUGACUUAUCACCUCAAGAUAUCUUGCAAAUGUUGGGUAGAGCUGGUAGACCUAGAUAUGAUACACAUGGUGAUGGUAUUAUAAUUACAUCACAGGACCAGGUAAAGUAUUACUUGGCUGUUUUGAAUCAGCAACUUCCAAUAGAGUCACAGAUGUAUGCUAAACUAGCAGAUAGUAUAAAUGCUGAAAUUGUUGCGGGAUCAAUCCGAUCGCUCAAAGAUUGCAUCGAUUGGAUGGGUCACACGUAUUUGUAUGUGCGUAUGUUGCAUUCAAGAGAGGUAUACUAUGUUGGACCUCAAUACGAUAACGAUCCUGAGCUAGUAGAAAGAAGGAAGGACUUGGGAUAUUCUGCCUUCUUACUCCUAGCUAAGAAUGGUCUAGUCAAAUAUAAUUUUGAAAGAGAUAUGGUUAUACCAACUUCAUUGGGUAGAAUUGCAUCACAUUAUUAUAUCAGUUAUGAAAACAUGCAAAAUUUUGAGAGCCAGCUAAAGCCGACGCUAACCAAAAUUGAACUAUUCAGAAUAUUUGCAACAAGUGAAGAAUUCAAGUAUAUUCCUGUUAGAAGGGAAGAAAAAUUAGAACUACAAAAACUUCUGGAAAAAGCCCCUAUUCCUGUUAACGAAGAUGUUGAGGAUCCCUUGUCAAAGAUAAAUAUUCUUUUACAGGCUUAUAUUUCGGGAUUGAGAUUGGAUGGAUUUGCCCUGAUGGCCGAUAUGAUUUUUAUUUCACAAUCUGCUGGUAGAUUGUUUCGGGCUCUAUAUGAUUUAUCUCUGGAUAAAAAAUGGUCAAAACUAACUCGUGUUCUUCUAUCUGUAUGUAAGAUGGUGGAAAAUAGAAUGUGGCCAACUAGCACGCCAUUAAGACAGUUUCCUAAUAUACCUUCCACCAUUGUUGAUUCAGUUGAAAGGACACUUAUCCCCUGGAAACAAUAUUUAUCCAUAAAUGAUCCCCAGACUGCUACAAAAUCCUUGGGUGCAGAAAGGUUUGGUAAUCUAGGUUGGGAGUUGCUACAGAAAUUUCCUAAAGUUCAUAUUGACUACAACUUGCAACCGAUUACCGCAAGUCUAGUACAGAUAGAGCUUUUAGUUACACCAAACUGGAAGUGGGAUGUUCAAGCUCAUGGUUACAUUGAAACUUUUGUUCUGUUGGUUGAUGAUUGUGAUGGCAAAAGAAUCUUAUACAAUGAUAAAUUUUCAGUUCGGAAAGACUACAUCAAUCAGAUCCACAGAGUGACAUUUUCUGUUCCUGUAUCCGAAAAUUUGGAGCCAAACUAUUUUGUUUCGUUAAUAAGUGAAAAAUGGAUUGGAUGUGAAUCCAGAAUCCCAGUGAUGCUGACCAAAAUGAUUCUUCCGAAGAAAUUUCCAGCGCCUACUCCUUUGAUCAACCUGGAUCUUAUUCCUGUUUCAGAAUUGGGAAUCAAAGAAUUCACCUCUGUUUUCUCUUUCGAUUAUUUCAACAAGUUUCAGUCGCAGGCUUUUGACUCGAUAUAUAAUAGCACUGAUAAUGUCUUGUUUUCUUGCUCUAAAGGAAAUGGAAAAACGACUUUGGCAUUGCUAGCCAUUUUGAACCAUUGGAGAAAUGAAGGCGGAAGGGCAGUGUAUUUAAAUCCGCAUCAGUCCGUUGUUGAUAAUCUACUUAAACAUUGGAAAAAGAAAUUGUCCAAACUCGCAGGAGGUAAAAUUAUCAACAAACUGACUGGUGACAUCAAUAUUGAUUUGCAAAUACUAGCCCAAUCCCAUUUAGUUUUGGCCACACCUUCUGAUUUUGAGAUUAUUUCAAGACGUUGGCAGCAAAGAAAAUCUCUUCAAUCAAUUGAACUUCUCAUUGCAGAUGAUAUCCAUACUAUCGGAUCUGGAAAAGAAGGUGUAUCAUAUGAGCUCGUUAUCAGCAGGUUUAGAUAUAUUGCAACUAAUUUGGAAAAAAACAUUAGGUUUGUAUUGCUGGGAGCAUCAAUUGCAAGCUACAGAGAUAUAAUGGAUUGGGUAUCGAUUCCUAAAACCAACGUCUUUGUUUUUGAUGCUAGGGAGAGGAUUUAUCCAGUGCAGGUCAAAUUCCAUUAUAUGGAUAUACAUCACAAUCCGUCUCUCUUCAAAUGCUUAAUCAAGCCCGCAUACAACCACAUAGCCAAUUUGACAGCGAUAAAAGAUGACAGUACAUGCCUUGCAUUUGUUCCACAAAGGAGUGAUGUGUUAGACCUAGCGAAGGAAUUUCUAAGGAAAGUCAGAACAGACGAAUCAAACUGGCUCUCUGGAGGAGAAGAUGAAGUUCAACCUUACAUUGACAGAGUAUCUGAUUCCACACUAAAGCUUUGUAUUAGAUUUGGUAUCGGGUUCUACUUUGAAGGAAUGGAUACAGUGGAGCAAACAAUUGUUUUCAGCUUAUUUGAGGCUGGCAUAUUAAAAGUAAUGAUCACAACAAAAUCAUCUUCAUGCGUCUGUCCAUCUGCUAAUUCUGUCAUCAUUUUGGGUACGAAGGAAUACGAUGCAAAAGAGCACGGGUAUUAUGAUUACAGAAUCAAUGAUAUUUUAGACAUGAUUGGCCUUGCAAGGAGAGAUAAUAGUACAGAUGCUACCGCUAUAGUGUACACUAACUCCUCCAAGCUAGAGUUUUAUAAACGUUUUAUUACUCUUUCAUUGCCUUUCGAAAGCCAUUUGAAUAAUUUCAUUAACGACGUGUUUAUCAGCGAUAUUAGUAUCAUCAAGAACAGGCAAUACGCUUUAGAUUGGAUUACAUAUUCGUUGUUUUACAGAAGGCUGCAGUUGAAUCCCUCAUUUUACAAGCUCGAUGAUGCUUCAGAAGAUGGAUUGUCUGGGUACCUUUCUGAACUUGUCGAGAACUCCUUAUCGAAGUUGCAAGAAGCCAAUUUGGUGGAGCUAAAUCUUGAAGAUGAUAAAAAUUCAAUGGAAGCUGAAGAAGAGGAGGAGUACGAAAAAGAAGAGAUUACACCAACGGAAAAUGGGGUGAUCUCAAACUACUACAAUGUGGAUUAUGCGACAAUGGAAGUGUUUAAUAAUUUGAAUGAAAAUAUGAGGUUGAAGAAAAUUUUGGAAUUUUUAAGUUUAGCAGCUGAAUUUGAUAGCUUGCCAAUCAGAUCUGGAGAGUCAAAUUUAUUGUUCAAACUAUACAAUGGUGUGCCACUGAAAUGGACACUUGAUGUUGAUUUUGAAUCCCCAAAGUUCAAAACCUUCAUUUUACUUCAAGCAUAUUUCUCAGGCUUCCAUCUAAAUGCUGAUCUCAAAAAAGAUCUGGAGUACAUUCUACCAACAGCAAAUAGAUUACUCAAUGCAAUAGUUGACAUUUUAUCAAGUCAUGGCCAUUUGAAUGCUUUGGUUGCAAUGGAUUUGUGCCAAAUGAUCUCCCAAGGUAUUUGGAAUACUGACAACGUGCUGAAGCAAAUUCCCCACUUCAAUGAUGAACUAAUUGCAAAAUGCAAAACCUAUAAUGUUGAUACAAUUUAUGAUCUGAUGGAACUUGAAGAUAAAGAUAGGGAAGAUUUACUGAGUGAAUUGAACCAACAGGAAAUCAUUAAAGUUGCAGAAUUUGUCAAUAAGUAUCCGAACUUAGAAGUGGCGUACAAAAUAGAGGGUGAUGUAGUUGCAGGUGAAAGUAAAACAAUUGAAAUUGAAAUCAGUAGAGAUGAAGAAGUUGAAGAUUUAUCGAUUGCAUCUAAUGCUUUUCCUAAAAAGAAGUUUGAGAGCUGGUGGAUAGUUAUGGGUAACCCUAAAACGAAUGAAUUAUAUUCAAUCAAGAAACUUGCCAUUACAAAAGAAAAUCAGACUAUAAAACUGAAUUUUGCAAUUCCGGAGGCGGGUGAACACGAUCUGUAUAUAUGGUGUAUAUGUGACUCCUACCUUGAAGCAGAUAAGCAAAUAGAGAUCAAGGGCCUGCAAGUGAAGGAAUGA